UCAGGCACCACAGCCAGGCCCGCAGUGUGUGCGCUGCGAGGGGCAAACACGCUAUCUGCCGUCUGCCGCUACUAAAGAACGGCGACAAAGUCGACAAAGUACGCGGCCAAGGGGCCAAGGGCCACCCUCGUGACGGCGACCUCGGAGUGCAUGUCAAGCUAAUCUUUUGGUCGGAGAGCAUAUUCCCUCACUUAAUUUGUGACUGAAAACUUUCACAAAAUGGCUGAGGAGAAAAAGAAACCUAACUAUCUGAAGCAAGCUGCCCGGCAGAUAGGAGCUGGAGGCUCAGCUGGUUUUGUCGAAGUUUGCAUCAUGCAUCCGCUGGAUUUGAUCAAGACACGUCUGCAAAUGCAACGUCUUCCUCCAGGGAAAGUUGUGUCUCGCACCGAAAUGCAUUUAUAUGCUGGUAUUGGAGACUGCUUUCGUAAAAUGUAUCAAUCAGAAGGUCUUUUGUCAUUUUGGAAAGGUGUGGUCCCUCCAAUUUUGGCUGAGACUCCUAAAAGGGCAGUGAAGUUUUUCACAUUUGAGCAAUACAAACAGUUUUUCCUCUUUGGGUCACCUGUUCCAACUCCAGUGACAUUUUGUCUAGCUGGAUUAUUUGCGGGCAUAACUGAAGCUAUUCUGGUUAAUCCAUUUGAAGUUGUUAAAGUGACACUUCAAAUGAAUAAAGCUCAAAGAACACAAGCCCCUUCCACGAUGGCUGUUACACGAGAGAUAAUUCGUACUCAGGGUCUUGGCCUAAAAGGCUUGAAUAAGGGAAUUACAGCAACCAUUGCACGAAAUGGUGUUUUCAAUAUGGUUUACUUUGGUUUUUACCAUAGUGUUAAGGGUUUAUUUCCUCAAGUCCAGGGGUCUUGGCAAGAAUUUUUCAAGAACUGCAGUGUGGGAUUUGUGUCUGGAACAUUGGCAUCUUGUGUCAACAUUCCAUUUGAUGUUGCCAAGAGUCGUAUUCAGGGACCCCAACCAACCCCUGGUGUAGUCACCUAUCAUGGCACACUUCGAACAUUGCACAUGGUGUACUCUCAAGAAGGGUUCCGUGCUUUGUACAAGGGACUUUUGCCCAAAGUCAUGAGAUUAGGACCAGGUGGUGCUAUAAUGCUCAUUGUAUAUGACCACGUUCACGUCUACCUCACUGAGGUUUUCCCUGACUGAUCAAUAAGCCAACAGUAUUCUGAAGAGUGUAGUGGUAGUGGUCAACAAUCACCCUCCAUGUUUCACUCUUACUACCCUUUCUUGGGGGCAAACUUAAGUCUUCUAUUUGUGUUUUUGAGAGAUGACAAGCUAGCUGUCAUCAAUUUACACAUUUUUAAUCUGACUACAAACCAAUUAUGAGUGUAACUUAGUCAUUUGUUUUACAUAUUUAAUUCGUUCUCUUAGUCUGUUAUGCUGCUAUGCGCUGUGCAAGUCAUAUGUUCCUUUCCUUUAGUUAGCCAUAAAAAAGUGGUUCUUAAUUGAUCAAGUACCUAUCAAAUUGUUAAAAAUGAUGUUUCAUUUUAUGGAGCUUUUUAUAUAACCUUUUACUCUGCAAACCCUCAUCCAGGUGAUCAAAUUGUAAGAUAAUCUCUGGAGUAGCCCCUGGAAAGGUUAACUGUUCACUGAUUUGCUAGAAGUUUAUAAAAUAUUUUAUUAUGUAUACAGUUUUGUUUUGAUUCUUUAAGGGGAGAGAGUGGGAAUUCAAGUGCCACAUACUGUAAACCAUAGACCAAAGAUAUCUCAGGGAAUGAUAUUUUGACUAUUGGUGGGCCCCCCGCCCUUCUCUCAUGGUGGGCCCAAAAAUAAAUAGUCUGAUGUUCAUGAAUGAGUGAAUGCUUGCCAUUGUGAAUUUAUUUAUAAUCUUUAAUGUUAUUCUUUAAAAUGGUAUUAUGUAAUAAUUUCUCACAUGCAUUUACUUGUUUCUCAAGCCUCAUUGGGGUGCAGUUUUGUUUUGCACUCUCUAUACUUCUCUUCAAUUACAUUUUCAUGUCAUUGAGAAGUACUUUAGUGUAGAGUGCCAGAGCUCCUUUUUUAUUACUACUUUAGAUUAUGUAAUGUUUGCUUUGCUAAUUUUUGUUCGGCACUAUUUGUGUACUUAUUGUAUAUGACCAUGUGCCACAGUUCAAUAACAUUUUUUCAAAAUAGAGCAAUUUAAACCUGCAGGGUUAGAAGAUUUGUAUUUUUGUACAUGCGUAUUUGACUGAUAAGAAUAUUCAAUGACUGCCACACUAUCUCGUCCCGUGGAUUGGUUCUCCUCCUGUCUUUUGGUUAUAUCACUGUUAUUUGUGCAUGUUUAGCUCUAUUCACUUAUUGGAAAUGACCAUGGAAAAAUGAACGAAAGAAUGCUUUUAAAUGUA